AUGGCAUUUUUGGGUGACUGUGGAAAAAUUUCUGACAACCCGGAUAGAACUAGACUCGGCAGGCCAACCCAAAUUGCUUCCGCUCGGUGUGAGAGAGCUGAGCAGGAUGCGGGGGUUCGCGAACGCUGUCGGGUACCGCAGGAAGAAGUGGAGGGACCAUCCACUUCUGCUCUCAGGAGUCGUCUAUCUCGUGCAUCCUCAUCCCAUAAGGCACCAAAGGAGGUACAUGUUCAUGCACACGAGGAGGUUUGUAUUCCUGCACCUGAGGUUCUUGAAUCGGCACCCGUGCAUGUUACCCCAAGUUACCCAGGAGGGCCAUCUGACAGCUCACUCUUGAUAUAUUACUCUAAUCAUGUCACCCAACAUGUUUCCAAUGGAGAGGAGCGGUCGGUACUAAAGUCCGUGAACCACCCUCGCAAAAUAUUUACUCUGUAUCAUCCUGUUGCAAAUUGGUUCAGGAAUGCCAUUAUUGCAUCCGGACUUUCGGGACUCUAUUAUCUCGGUUAUAACACCAUUAGCCACGAAAUGCAGGGGGCAUUUGUAGAGAGAUGA